AUGCGUCAGGGGCAUCAUCGUCUGAGCCUUCAGCAGAGUGCGGGGCCCCGGGCGGCGGGGCCGGCGGACGUCAGCGCGGCGGACAGUGCCGAGGCCGACGCUGGGCCCUCGGCGAGGGGGCACGAGGAGCGCCCUUCUGAAAGUUUACACAACGCGGUGGGGGAGUCGUGCGGGCAGAAGCAAGUAAAAUGCGUUAUCCCUCGGGCACCGCGACGGAAUUUGCACCUUAUUCGUAGCCACGCACCAGCAGCUGCGGCCCCCAAGAAGGAACGAGGCGGCCCAUUUUGUUUUUCGCGCGGUUUCUCUUCAGAGCCCGUGGAGCUGCAGAUUGAGGGACUCUCCUUCCUUGUUGGGAGGGCCACGUUGUACCUGUGGUAUUCGGUGAUUAUUUCCGCUGCGGUUGUGCAGAGUAUGGACUUUCUUGCCUGGGGCUUGGUGAGCAUCUGUGGCGAGGAAGUGGCUGAUUUGCGCCACUACGACAAGUGGACAAGUCCGUGCGUAACAAGCACGGCGGAAAACACCACGGAUGGGUUGUACACUAUUCGUUGGGAAGGAGGACCAUACAAGAAAGGCUUUGAUGACAGCUCAGUGCGCUUCACGAGAGUGGUUCUCAGCCUGGCAAACGCCGAGGACUGGGGCAACGGCACGGAGACAGUGCGUAGCUACAACAUCACGGCGGUCAUUCCUUAUGAUGUGGUGUCGGGUGAUUUUUCCGCGCUUUCGUUCACCGUCACGUGUACCCGGAAAUCGCCUCGCUGCAGUCAAUUCGAUCUCCCCGCUGAGGUCGUUUUAAAUAAUACCUCAACCGGGAGAAAAUCACUGACACUUAUUGGAGUCCCGGCCCCUCUUGCCCGCGUCGUCGGCAAUUCCUCCGUUGGAGUUGUGUUUCAGAAGUAUGCCUACUCCCAGGGCGUAUUUAUCUGGAGGUAUUUAUUUUUGCUGCUUUCGUUUUUGCACUUCUUGCGCUUUAUUGUGUACAAAAAAUUCACUAGUACACUGCACGAGCAGAGUUGGGUGGUGGUGCUGCAGCUCGCACUCUUCUGGUACCUAAACCCUCUCUAUGCCUUGAACUACUCCAAGGGGCGGCCGUCGUUGGUGCUCCACUUUUUGGAGUCGCACUUCCCCACCUGGUUUGUGGCGGUGUACGUGGGAUUUAUGCUCUCCGCCAUCACGGCCACGAUGCCGUGGACACCGCCAACGUACGAGCAGCAGCCAGGGGUGUAUAACAUCCUGACUCUGAGCGGCAUCAAGGGAUAUUUCUGCCACAGCGCCACUGUGUACGACCCGCCAUUGUGGACAAAGUGGUUGGUGGUGGCGUACGUCCUCGUUAUCAUCGUCUUGGACAUCGUUGGGGAGUCACUGCACGCCGCGGGGUCGCUAGAAAUAUGGGGGGACCCCCUUCACUCGAUCCACUACGCCGUGGCGGUCCUCCUCCUGCUUGGGUGCGCUGUUUGUUGCGUUUUGCUCGUCCAUGUGCAUCGCAACAUGGGCGCAAAGUCGUACCUAAAUUCCCGGCCGCAGCAGUUGGCCUCCCGUUUUUUGAUUCUCAUCUUCGUGACCUCGCUACUCUACUUCGUGUUCCACAUUAUUAUCUUCUUCCUGCGCUACCGCACCAUCCCUGGCAUGACGGUGACCCAGCCCAUGAUCCAGCUCCCGGCCCUCAUGGUCUCCGUCUUCCUUGUGAACAUCAUGACACUCAUAUACACCACCCGGAAGCGCGGCGACCUGGUGCCGGUUCACCCACGCGAUGAGCGCUGGAAGCUGAUGGUGUGGCCCGACACGUGGUACCGUUGGCUCUCCCGCCACGGUGGGAGCAUGUACAUUUUUCAUACGGAGGCGGAGGAGCUGACGUUUAACUGGAACCAGAUCGGCUACCGCAAACGACAAUACAAGGCGAAGACGAUGCGGCGGAGGGGGCGGUGGAGCGGGGCGUCCAUCCUCAGGCGUGCACUGCCACGGGCGCUGGCGCAGCGACUGCAUCAUUCACACGCCGACGCUGAGCCCGCUCCGGAAACGCCGGAGGCUUGCAGCGCCCAGGCGAACUCUUGCUCCGCCUUUGCCUCUCUCCGCACGGAGUCGCGCGAGCACCCUACGAUUCUCAACAUGGACCGCACCUCCACCAUGUUUCUCCCGACCCGGACGCCCCGGAAUGCCCCCUUCGCGGGGCGACAGGGUCUCCACAGCCAAGUGAGUUUCAGAGAGGGAAAUGAAAGUGAAGCCGAGGAUAGGAACUUCGAAUCACUGACAGAACGGCAGUCUACCGACGAUGUUCCCCUGCGCGAGGCCGAGGGGCGACGGGGGCGGCCGGCGCCACCGCAACUAGCGCCGGGUUUACAAAAUUCUCUUGCAUGCGGAGCCGGGGAAGCGCCUUUUGCAGCUUCGGAGACCUCCCCGAUAGGUCCGCAGCGCCGCCGCCACGCAAGAGCCGCGGUGGAGGACGAUAACGCGGCGGCGGCGGCGCAGGAGGAGGCGGAGGACAGCAAGGAGGAUGAUGGGUACGACCUUUCGCGGAAUAUGGCGUCGCGCACCUUUGGCCGUGCGCGUGAAAAGAUGGACUCCCUCAUGCGGGGUGCGGAGCGGACCUUUAUUUCGCGACCACUUGAUGCCUUUGAGCACUUUGAGACGUUUGUCCUUGAAGCAGCCGCGCGACCCUUCCGGGAGGUUGACUAUCUUCCCUUUUUUAACCUUGAGACGGCGAUUGGCUGCUUUAACUUGUCCUGGGAGGCGUACGGAACCUCGCAUCGGGGGGAGGGGGGGGUUUUGCGGCGGCGGCCGUUUUCCCUGUCGCGUUUGUGCUGCAGCUGCUGCUCCGCCGCCGACUCCUCCUCGGACGGUGAGGUGCGGGUGCCCAUUGCGGAUUCAGAAGCGCCAGCGGCGACCGCACGGCACGAGCCACACCCCUGUGAGGACGAGGGCGGGAACCGGGUCGAGCGCAGUGCGCAACAGGGCCAGGCGGAUCCCAACGCCCCACCGCCCAUCGAUGUGGAGCGCUACGGGUACCGUCUUUGUGCCGUUUUAGAGGCCAUGGAUGUGCAGGUGGUCAUUUCGGCCCUAGACAGCGCCGAUGCAGUUGCCGAGGGCAAAGCUCCCCGCAUUGUCAUUGCUUUUCGGGGCACGAUGAGUAUGAGCAAUGCCUGGCAGGACUUGCGCGUGCGUCGAGUGGUGUGGGACGAAAUGGUGGAAGGAGAACCAGGACUCUCCCGAGACAUGUGCUGUGAGACGAAACCGACCGUGCAUGUGGGAUUUCUCUCCAUUUGGAACGCCCACCGUGAGCACGUCUGUGGGAAGUUGUGGGAGGAGCUUUCAGCCAACCCUUCCACAGUGUACCGUGUGUAUUGCACAGGCCACAGUCUUGGCGGCGCGCUUGCGACGCUCUGUGCAUAUAGUGUGUGUGGACUGCUGCGCCGAAACAAUUACGCUCUCGCGGAGGUGACGGUUUACACCUUUGGGCAACCGCCACUUGGCAAUAAGGUCUUUCAGACGGCCUACAACAAGGCCGUUCCACGCACGUUUCGAGUCGUGAAUGAGAGUGACUUGGUGGGAUCAAUCAGCAUGUACGGUUCGCACAUUGGCGUUGAGGUGGACAUUGACCGCCACGGCAACUACAUCUGCAAGCCGACGUACAUGGAGCAACUGUUUCGUCCUAUGAAGGGCAAGGGGUUCGCGGUUGAAAACCACCUCAUGGAAAGUUACAGCGUCUCCUUGAACGCUGUUGCGAAGGGAACGAGCUGUCCAUCCGUGGCCUACGCGAGGGAAGGCGACGGCGGCGGCGGCGGCGGCGACCACGACGCUGCGAGUGAUGGGGCAGCGCCAGGGCCGAGCGAGACUGAGCAUACGGGUUGA